AUGGGUCAAAUAUCUACUAUACUGAGGCAGCGUGCUCAAGUAUGUCCGCUGAGCAAGGAUUAUGCCGCUGGUGCAGACCAAGGCCCCGCGUCGAGGUUACCGAGAAGACAUGCAGAGGAUUGCACCAUGUUCACAGACACACCUCACAGUGUUAACUGCCUACUAGGGGUUGCGUUCUCUGGAAAGGGUGAUAAUGGUCAGUCGGUGAUUACCUACUCACCAAAUAGCAGUGCGGACAGUGAGGACGAUGCGGUAACCCUGGAGGUGACAGAUCCGGUCAAUGUGAACUUCUCAAUCAAGUACAUGAAUCAGUUCACGAAAGCUUCGUCACUGUCUAGCCGUGUUCGUAUAUCACUGAGCAAUGACGUGCCCAUAGUUGUUGAAUAUCCUUUAACUGAUGAUGGGAAGUCCACCGGCCAACAAAACGGUCAUCUUCGGUUCUACUUGGCCCCGAAGAUUGAUGAAGAAGAGAACAUGGAUUAA